GCUGGCAUGCAAGGCUGUGGGGGUGAAUCUUGGUAUCAUGAGAUUCCUGUACGAGGACAAGACCUUUUCGUGUUCCGAUUUUUAUCCAGACGACAUCAGGCAUACUCAGAUGAAUCAAGAUUGCUCAUUAUGUCAAAUGAUAUUCUUUCGGUCGCAGUUCCUGUUAUGUACUUUUGACCAACGAUCGAGCAACUCCAUUUCUGCUCAAAGCAAAUCACGUUCCAAGUCCCAGUCCUAGGAAAUAGCACGCAAUGGUGUCAUUUGGAGCUCGACGAUCAGUUCUACCUUUCGAACCCCUCUUUGGAUCAAGUCUCGAACUGUCACUUCUGGUUGGCCCGCACCACUAUUGUUUCCUCCAAAGUUGAUGUUACUAGGCGGUCUUGCCUUCGUAUCAUGGAAAUUAACUUCUGCCAGAUCAGGCCUUGGACUGUUCGUACGGCUGUUGAGCAUGCAACUUCAAGGUUGUGGUUUCAAGGGUACAUUGUGGAGCGGUACGUGGUCCAUGAAGUUCAGCAAGAGCUAAUCUCCAUUAUAUACCUGAAUUGUUGUGGGAGUGAUGGUAAGGAGAGCAGAACGAAGAUUCUUAUUUCAUAUCUUCUUAGCCUGGCAGUAUUUCCAUGUCAUUGGUCCUAUCACACCAGAUUAAAAAGAACUUCUUGGACCUUAUAUCACAUAUGGCAUCCCUCUUGAAUAAGAUCGAGGUCAAAGUUUCGGUCCCGCAAAGACAUCCCCACAUAUCUAUCUAUAUUGCGGCUAGGAAAAUUUCACUCCCCACAAAUCAACGACAAGUCUUUUCUUUAUCAACAGAUCCAGACCACGAAGGCGAAGGGGGUAAUCCUUCGUCCGAUAGUCGGAUUCGCAACACCGCUUUUCGCAAAUCUUGAAAAUUUUCCCAGCAAGCGUGCGAUUUGGUCACUCUCGGGGUUAGACACAGCUUGAUUAUGCAAGCAGACGUGGGUUUUGCCUCCGAGAUGUAUGUCACCGCCCCUUCUAUCAAGCAUGUCAAAUCGUUGACGCCUGUCAAACAUCAAAAAGGAUGUAUCUAAACGAAAAAAGACCAGCAAGAUGAAGGGGCGCUUGCGAAAAGCUUGAUUCAGAUCUACAACAAACGCGGAUAAGUGCCGAUUAUCCGUUAGAAUUCUUCCCCUGUAAGUUUUCUUAAUAGCGAACUCAAUGGUUCUUUAAGUCGAGGUAUAGUAUCUCGAUAUUUUUUGCGUCAUCUCUCUUUCCCCUACAUUCUUCUUUCACCAGUAAUCAUUUUCAUAUUACUUUGAAACGAUCAUAUUUCAUUGGCUACGAUGGCAGGACCGCAUGACCAUGAAUUGGUCCGAAUUGAAACAAAUAUUCUCCCCAAAGGAAAACUAAUAGUAGUUUUCUGUGGGUUAGCAUUUGCUCUCCUCAUCACUUUUAUAGAUCAAAAUUCUAUUGGUAUAGCAUUACCAACAAUCGGAGCUGAUCUUAAUGCUGCAACUACAAUUUCUUGGGCAGGCACUUCAAGUUUGAUUGCCAAUACAGUUUUCCAAGUUCUUUAUGGAAGAAUAUCAGAUAUCUUGGGAAGGAAAGUGGUUUUCCUCACUGCUGUGGGAUUAUUGGCGCUCGGAGAUUUACUUUGUGGGUUCGCUCAGACGGGUCCUCAACUCUAUGUUUUUAGGGGCAUUUCUGGUGUGGGGACCGGUGGGAUCAUGGCCUUGGCCAUGAUGAUCGUAUCAGAUGUGGUUACUCUGGAGAAUCGUGGAAAGUAUCAAGGGAUCUUAGGAUCAUGUGUCGGUUUGGGCAAUACCAUUGGACCAUUCUUGGCAGCUGCUUUUGUUCAGAAUUCAACGUGGAGAGGCCUAUUUUGGUGUAUAUGCCCGCUAGCAGUGCUUUCAGGUAUUAUGGUAGCAUUCACACUUCCUCCAAGUAAAGUUCAUGGCUCGACAGCGACCAAAAUUCGAGUCAUCGAUUACCCAGGAAUCGUCCUCGUGACCGCAGCCAUUAUGCUCAUCCUGAUUCCUGUCUCUGGCGGCGGUACCUAUUUUGAAUGGUCCAGUCCCAUGGUAAUUUCCAUGCUCACUCUGGGUGGUAUCUGUUUAGUUGCUUUCUUCAUUGUGGAAUGGAAGUUUGCUGUUAUGCCGAUGAUACCUUUGAACCUUUUCAAGAACCCUGCUGUCUUCGCCAUUCUCACCCAAAACUUCCUCUUUGGUAUAGUCUAUUACUCGCACCUCUACUACCUACCAAUCUAUUAUCAGAAUGCUCGCCAAUACUCACCUCUCAUGUCCGCCGCACUCACCAUUCCAUUCGUCGCCACUCAAUCCAGCUUCAGUAUCGUAUCCGGGCAAUACAUCUCCAGGACUAAACGCUAUGGCGAAAUCAUCUGGAUUGGGUUCAUGCUUUGGACUCUAGGAUCAGGCCUCGUUCUCUUGUUCUCUCGGGAAUUACCGAAGUGGAAGAUAGUCUUGAUCCUCUUGACUGAAGGUGCAGGAGUAGGAUUCGUCUUUCAACCUACGCUUAUAGCAGCACAAGCCCAUUGUACUAAGCGCGAUCGAGCAGUCGUUAUCUCUACUAGGAAUUUUCUACGUGCUCUGGGUGGUGCAAUUGGUCUAGCGAUUUCCUCGGCUAUUUUCUCGAAUUCCAUAAAGUCCCGCUUAAAUACGCUAGCAACUCCUCUACCGGCAGGAUUCAAAGACACAAUCUUAGCAUCGAUAUUGAGCGUUCCGAAUUUGAAUGAACUGACAACGGGACAGAAAAACGAAAUAUUAGAUGCGUACAUGGGAGCGAGUAGAAGUGUGUUCUUACUUUGGGUACCGAUUAUUGGGGUUUGUCUGUGUCUUUGCGUGUUGAUCAAAGAUAAGGGAUUGCAGAGACCGGACGAGAAACCGAUUGUUAGAGACGAACAGCAGGAGGAGGAGGAGAGUGGGAGUGUGACCGGGAGUGAGAUUGCUGUGCAGCACGAGGCCGGUAGGGAGAGGGAUUUGGAGAGUGGGCAGGGCGAGAAGGUCGUGGGGCCGGAGAAACAUUGAAAUGAGCCUGCAGUUGUGGAGAAAAGAAAUCAUCAUUUGCGUGCUUUUUUGGGUUGGUUAAGAUAAAGGAGUUAUAUACCCUGAUUGGGCAUUGGAAAGUGGAAAGGGCGACUCUUGACGAUUAGGACACAUGUAGACACGAGACUAGACUAGAUUAAUUCAAACAUGAGAUAAUGAUAU